UUGUGUUGGUCCUCUUGUGCUUCAGGAGGCUGCAUGUUGGAGAGUCCUUCGUCCGCGAGAGCAGGAGAGAAAAAGGGGACGUAACCACACCAACCUUCCACGCGAUGGGGGAGCAAGAGGGUGGGUGUGGGGUCUCUGGAGCUGCUUCCAUAUAAAAAGCCAAGCCUGAGAACACGGCACCACAAACUCACCACACACACACACACACGCACACUCACAGUGGCUGCUCUGUAUCUCUCAUGCUCACCCACUCUCAUUAUUCUCUCCCUCUCCCUCCCUCUGUCUCGCUCCCUCUGUCUCUCACUCCAUUCCUCUGGGCUCUGCAUACUUCUUGCUUCUUCUCAGAAGUCACAUUGUGUUUGUAAGUACGCGCUGAAUGUCUCCCUGUGUAUGCUUGGGUUUCCUUAAGUCUUUUUCUAUGUUUGAGUGACUGCUUGCCUACUUGAGUGUGACUGAGUGGAGUAGCGAGCUGUAGUAAGUGUAUGUGGGUCUCUGUCUCACCCUCACACACUCGCCGCUCCUCUUGCAACUCUUCCUGGGAUCUCCGGGUCCCUUUCCUCGGUGACAGGCUCCCCACACUAAACAGUCACCAUUUCCGCCCCCGGGAGACCCACGCUGGCUGCGCAGCCCCUUCCCCGACUCAGCAUCGGGAGGAAGACCCUGGUGGCGGCUGCUGUGGGGGUUAUGCUGGUCUUGGUGCUGGUGGUACUCAUCCCUGUGCUUGUCAGCUCCGUGAGUACAGAUGCCAGCCACUACGAGAUGCUGGGCACCUGUCGUAUGGUGUGCGACCCUUACUUAAACAAGGGCACUCCGGCUAGCAGCACUAGCUCCACUGGUCUGCAGGGUGAGGCAGAGGCACUGACUGACCACAGCAAUGUUCUUCCACCAUCCACCCUGCAGCAGGGCCCACAGGGAAAGCCUGGCAGGCCAGGAAAGCCCGGACCGCCUGGACCACCUGGACCGCCCGGACCACCUGGUGAACCUGGGCCACCAGGACCAGCUGGGCCCCCAGGUGACAGAGGGGAUCAUGGAAGGACUGGGAUUUUGGGUCUGGGGGAUAAUGGAGCUAUCAGCACGGCCACCUACAGCACAGUGCCCCGGGUGGCCUUCUAUGCCGGGCUUAAAAAUCCCCAUGAAGGUUAUGAGAUUCUAAAGUUUGACGACGUGGUCACCAACCUUGGCAACAACUACGAUGGCAUUUCGGGCAAGUUCAUCUGCAGCAUACCGGGCACAUACUUCUUCAUCUACCAUGUGCUGAUGAGAGGAGGGGAUGGCACAAGCAUGUGGGCAGACCUCUGCAAAAACGGUCAGGUUCGUGCUAGUGCCAUUGCCCAAGACGCUGACCAGAACUAUGACUACGCCUCAAACAGUGUCAUCCUCCAUCUGGACGCUGGCGAUGAGGUGUACAUCAAACUUGACGGAGGCAAAGCCCACGGCGGCAACAACAAUAAGUACAGCACCUUCUCUGGCUUCAUCCUCUACGCAGACUGAGAACAAACAGACACAGAGACUGUCAAAAUGGAAGAUACUCAAAGAGAGUUUCAUGAUAAAAAGGGGUCAGGGGGAGGCUUUGUGUGUGUUAAAAAAGCCAGAAUGCUUUCUAGUUUUCCUAAUUCUCUCCAUCAUCGCAGUCACCUCUGCUUCAUAUCCAUCAGCCAAGACAUCCAGGCUACCGCGGCCAAGCCGGGAUGGAAAGCUCCCCGAGGACACACUGAGACCAGCUAGCAGGUGGCGUGGGAGGAGUGGGAUGUUAGAUGGGCUGGUUUUCCGCACCCCUUGCCACAUUACCGAUGUGUCAGAAGCUCCUCACUUACAGUGUCUCUCCUCUUUAGCCCUGCUCCAUUGCACAGAGAUAUCAACAGAAACGACAACCCUGCAAAAGUGGAUGAUUUCACCUCUUUACUCCACAGCAGCAGUCAUCUGUCCCUUCAGAGGACUGGGCUGACUGGAACUUGUAGUGUUGUUCCGUGCAAAUUAACCUAAAUUUUGUUUUUAUUUUGUUGAUAUGCAUACUAUUCUGCACAAAAGAGAUUUAGAAAAAAAAAAGAAGAAUAUAUUUAUCCCUUGUGAAGAUAUCCUGUUUGAAUGAGAGAUGUUAUUUGUGAUGCAUAUAAGAGAUCUAACAGCUGGAAAAAGAAAUAUUUAAAUGAAGACUUUAAGUAUUUUAUUGCAGUGGGUGUUUUUCCUUCAUCAUUGGGUAUUACAAGGUAUCUACUGUAUAUUUUAUUCAUGUGGAGAAUAAUUAUACAUUCUGCACUUCCAAUAUAUAUGGAAAAGGUAACAUCUCGUAUAGAUAAUGCCCCCUCACACUGUUUCUUGCACUGUCACACAAUGUCCUGCUUCUCUUUGGAUUAAAGCAGACUUUAAAUAAUCCUUUCAUUGUUCUGGCUUCGUGUUGAUGCUCCGAUUGGCACGACAAGCCAUGUGAAGAAGUUAAAUCUUGAGAUUCAGGGGUCGCAUAGCACUGAUCCCUUCCUCUUCUGUGCCGUGCUGAUCUCUGAGCUUUCCUAGGCAACAAAAAAACAACAAAAAAAAGAAAAAAAAAAGAAAUAAAGAAGAAAAAUAUCUGGCUUUUGAUGCAGAGGGCAGAAGGGAGAGUCCACCAGAUGGGGUGGUAAAUAAGGCGCUGGAGCGGCGUAACAGUGAGUGCGUAAUUUUUCUGUUUCAGUGUUUUUCGCUGGACGUCAUCCAUUCAUUUGCAGCAUAUACACUGACAUAAAGGCAUUAUGGUAAGAUCUGUUCAACAUAGUAGCCUGACAGCUUGCGUGAGAAUGAAACUGAUUGGAUGGGAGAAUUUGCCUCUCAUGACUGUACACCCGAGUGCGUGUUCAUGUGUGUGUGUAUGAAAGAAGUACAUGUGCAUAUCAGUGCGUGUUUGCCUUUUAGCAUGUGCUGCGUCACAACUACUUCAUUUUUAUUUUUUCCAGAGUUGCAGUAUUCUGUGCAACAACCAAUGACAGAUAUUUAACUCGGCAGCCAAUGAGAUUGUGUUUUGUAGGGUGGAGCCUCAAUAGAUGCGGAGACAAGAACAAACAGCUUGUAAUUGAAAUCUAUGACUUGUUUAUCUUAUCUUUUGGAACUGUUGAAUACAUUUAAAUAAUAAAUGGGAUCUUUUUUUUGAGUGA